AUGGGUAACCGAAACUCUGACAUCACCGCUCCGAGCAAUGCGACUCCACACACAAAUGCUGCAUCUUCUACAAACACAACUCCGCAUAACGAAACGAAUCUUCCUGUAAGGGCAGCUACCGUUGCGCGUUCCACUCCAUCCCCGGAUACCACGUCGUCCACAGAAAGCUUUCAUUCCGCAGAAACUAUUGCCCAGUCGGAUGUACCUCCUAUAAUCAGGGCAACACCUCCCAGCACUUCCAUUGAGCGACCUCGUGGAAAAUACGAUCAUUUGGGCUAUCGAAAUAUGGAUGACGAAGCUAGAACGAGAUAUGACGAUGAUGAGAUGCCUUAUGCAGAGCAGAUCCUGCGGCUCCGAGUCGAUCUUAUAAUACAGGAACUGGGAGACUCGCGAUGGGAUGAUGGACUUGCUAUACGAGGUGCUUUCCUAAAGCAAACAGCAGAGCGGGGCUUACUGCCUACUCUGGACUGGCUUGAAGAAUCACAGGAGCAGCUCGUCGACGGUACGUGGACUGGUGCGAGUCUUAUUCCACGGGUCAAGCCUGUGCCUCAUUUACCUGCACCUAGACCUCAGCCUCCGCCGACUGAGCCUUCAGCUGUGCCAACCAGACCUCCUCCUUCUCCUCAUGGCGGCUCGCAGGCAACCCUUGUAGAAGAAGGCGGUCCAGAAAAUGCAGAAGCGAAUGAGGGAGCACCGGCCGAAGAGAAGAGCGGGAAGCAAGCAAAGAAGUCUGAAAAGCGAAGAAGACAACGACGGACCAAGAGGGAUCGUGAACAAGAGAAACAGUCGACGGCCAGAGCACCAGAAGAAACGAUACCGUUGAGUCGCUCGCAAGUCCUCUUACAGCGGACGCCUUCAGUUACCACCAUUGAUCGAAUACGGCCGCCGAGUCAACAUGUCGAUUACAGUAAAGUCCCACUUGCUUGUGACCGCCGAGGGUCUACAUCGAAGAGUAGUAUAGUAGCUCAAGAAUCCAAAGGAGUGACCCUCGCGACCGUUCACAGUGACGACGGCGAGCCCUCGGGGCGCGAAUUCGACCGCCGGAAUUACAAAGCCAUUCGAGGCAUAUCGCGCGCAGUCCUAGAAGAACUGGGACUCGAUCUCGUCGAUCCUGAGAAACAGUUAUCCCCUGGUAGCUGUCGCGUCACGCAGCGGAAAGAAGGCUCGUUCCACCACGCAGUAUUCCUGAAGAUUGAGCGUGACGAUGAGAUUCCGCAGGAGUAUGUUCUCAAGAUACUUGCACAAGGUACACCGAAAGAGUGGGGUAUGAACGAUCGCGCGCCGUACAUACUCGUGAAGAAGAUGGAAGGUAUGGCGGCAACGGAUCUGUGGCUCGGUCAACCCUAUAGGAUGGUCAAAACUGACGAUCUGCACCUUGAGGCCGACGACCCUUCGCCAGAGGUUGAGCAAAAGCGCGUUACCUUUCUGCGCUCUUUUGCGCAAGCUAUGAGUCAACCCGUCACACUCGAGUUUCAGUACACUGGCGUCCCUAACUACGAGUAUCCGGAAGAUAAGAACCCAAAGUUCAUCGCGCCGGCCUGGCGGUGGCACUGUAAGAUGAACAUGGAAGAGGCGACCUCCUAUGGAUCAUUUGCAACCGACGAAGAAAGCUUCGCCGCUGGCCUCGACAGGCUCUGUGAGCCCGAGAAAUCUCUUGAUAGCGACGGGAUGACAGAUGUUGGCGUUCAGAUGGUGAUGAGGAUCAUACUGUCUUCAGCUCCGUUCAAGCUGUCCACGCCCUCACAGGCUCAAAUCUCUCAGGCCGGGUAG